GCCGACUUCAGCUCUGCGGAUAUUUUAGGGGAUUUUAGGUCGCCGGGACUGAUGGAAGAAGAAUAUGGCAACGUGGAGAAUCAGGAGUAUGAGGUGGACUUUGGGAUUCCAUCCGACAGCGAAUUCCGGCCCCCGGUGCGGAGGGGCACGGUGGGCAGGGGGAGAGCUCUGCGAGGCAAGCGCAUCACGAGGGGUGUCAUUAGAACCAAAGUGUUCAAAGGAGAGCUCAAAACGCCCCUAAAGAAAUGGAACACUAAAAAACUACAGCCGGGCCCUGAUCAGAAGCCAGCUCUGGAACCUGAUGAAAUGCCUGAUGAAGCUGCUGAGAGACCCAACCAGAGGCCGGUGACCAUCCAGCACCCUAAUCAAAAAUUACUUCCACGACCCAAUCAGAGGCCAGCCAUUCUACCAACCCAGAGACCCAUCCUCAGGCUCCCCAAACCUGUGCACGUUUUCCGGAAUCUCAAUUUCGACCUGGUGGACAAGUCGGACAUUUUUUCCACGUUUGGGAUAGAGAUUAUAAAAUGGGCUGGUUUUCAUGCCAUCAAAAACGACGCCGAGUUUUCCCGGCUCUUCGGUGCCCUCUUCGAGCUGGAGACAGAAACCUGUGCAAAAAUGCUGGCCUCCUUCAAGUGCUCCCUGAAGCCAGAACACAGAGAUUAUUGCUUCUUCACCAUCAAGAGCUUACAACACGCUGCUCUGAAAACUCCCAAAGUGGACAAUGAGUUUUUAAACAUGCUCUUGGACAAAGGGGCUGUGAAAACCAAGAAUUGCUUCUUCGAAAUCAUCAAACCUUUUGAUAAGUACAUCAUGAGGCUGCAAGAUCGCCUCCUGAAAGGUGUCACCCCACUUCUCAUGGCCUGCAAUGCCUACGAGCUGAGCAUCAAAACCAGUGGGUUUGGGAAUCCAAGGGAAAUGGCCAAUGCUUUUGAGACCACUGUGUCUCUCUGUCGUAAAUCUUUAGCUCUUCUGGGCCAGACCUUUGCUCUGGCGUCGGUCUUCAGGCAGGAGAAAAUACUUGAAGCUGUAGGGCUGCAGGAAAUGGCCCCAGCACCAACGUUAUUCCCCAACUUUGAUGAUUCCACGCUGUUUGGAAGGGAGUACAUUGAAAACUUGAAGGCUUGGUUGGAGAAGAGUGGGUAUCCCAUCCAGAUGAAAAAAAACGAACCCGAGGCCGCAGCUGAGCCCGAAAAACCUGACACAAAAGUCCCACAGCGAGCUGAUCGGAAAGUUGUGGAGACAAUUGAGCAGCUGGUGAAGAGCAUUGUAUCAGGAACCUUGUCUGCCAAAGAGAGAAAUGCCCAAAAGAGCUGUCCUGAAUAUUGGUUCUUGUCUGAUGAAGACAGUCUAGAAUACAAGUAUUACAGACUGAAGCUUUCAGAGGUGCAAAGGCAGGCAUCAUCUGGAAAGGAAUUGGGUGGUGAGGGCAGAACACUGGAAGAAUCUGCAACAGAAUCAGUCAGGGCCAUGUUGUAUGCCAGGAAAGUGGCAAGUAUUAAGAGAAAGCUAUUUAAAAGAAAAAGACUUGGAGUUAUCACACAACAUGGUCUUCGAGGAAGGAAGCUGAGGAGAACAACCAUUGGAACACAGACUCUGCUUUCAGCUGGCACUGUCCUGAAGCACCAAGACAAGCACUUUCAAGAUUCAGACCAGGCAAAGUCUUCUGUAGUAGAAAUCGGCCUCUCUGAGAAGAAUUAUUCCCUCGACACAACCUCAUCCUCACAAUGUGCCACCAGUUCAGAGCUCUCCCUGCCAGCUGAAGAACGGGCAGAUUCUGAGGAUUUCUUAGCAUCCCCUGAACUUCUCCCACCGUUGUCCUCUCAGUUUCCUGAUGUGGAUGCUAAAACAAUGGAAACUGCUGAGAAACUCGCCAAGUUCGUUGCCCAGGUAGGACCAGAAAUUGAGCAGUUCAGCAUAGACAACAGCGCAGAUAACCCAGACCUCUGGUUUCUGCAGGAUCGAAACAGUUCUGCGUUCAGAUUUUACCGAAUGAAGGUCUAUGAGCUGUGUCCCUCUAUUAACUUCAGUGCUGUGGCAGAAGCAACUGAUGCUGGGGAAAAUGCUAAAGCUGAAGAGAGAAAUUUGGAUAUUUCAGAAGAGGAAGAAGAGGAGGAAGAAGAAGAGGAAGAAGAUAACGAGGAGGAAGCUGAGUUUGAGGAGGAUAUCUCCCAACCUUUGGAAGAAACGGAGCAAGCCGAGGAGGGAGAAGAGGAUGACGUGGCAGCAGGUAGAAGUGUGGAAAACCUAGCUGAAGAGAUGAUUUCCAAAUCAGGAGAGGAAAUUUCAGCAGGUGAAAUACCACUGGCCACAUCAUCUGAUGGGGCUAUGCCAAAUCUGUCGACACAGGCAUCAGCUCCUGCUCCUGGUACCCCAUUUCCUCGCAAACGAAUCAGCAGCAAGUCUCUGAAAGUUGGUAUGAUUCCUGCCUCUAAAAGGAUUUGCCUCAUAGAAGAACCAAAAGUGCAUGAACCCGUCAGAAUUGCUUAUGACAGGCCUCGUGGCUGCCCAGUUACAAAGAAGAAGAAGAAACCAAAAGAUUUGGAGUUUUCCCACAAGAAGCUUACCAACAGGAACGUGGGUUUCCAGAUGCUUCAGAAGAUGGGCUGGCAAGAAGGACACGGCCUUGGCACACGAGGAAAAGGGAUCAGAGAGCCUGUAAAAGUGGGUGCUACCUCUGCAGGGGAGGGCUUGGGUGUUGCAGGGGAAGAAAAUAAAGAAGAUGCAUUUGAUGUUUUCCGUCAGAGAAUGAUACAAAUGUACAGGCAGAAAAGAGCAAGUAAAUAG